AUGGAGAAUCAGCAGAUUGUCUUGAGUAGCCGGGAUGGUGGGACUGUAUCUGGUGCAGCACCUGCUUUUUUUGUCAUCUUGAAACAGCAACAGGGGAAUGGUAAAGCUGACCAAGGCAUCCUAGUAGCAAAUCAUGAUGCGUGUGCUCUGGCCAGCAGCGUAUCAACUCCUGUAGAAACCAGAGCCAAGGCCUGCCUCCCAGCUGAGUGUGUCUCGGGGGACAUUACUGUCACCCUAGAUAACAACAGCAUGUGGAACGAGUUCUACCAUCGCAACACAGAGAUGGUCCUGACAAAGCAGGGGAGACGCAUGUUCCCUUACUGCCGAUACUGGAUUACAGGUCUGGAUGCACGUCAGAGGUACAUUCUGGUCAUGGACAUAUCCCCUGUGGACAAUCAUCGAUACAAAUGGAAUGGCCGUUGGUGGGAGCCCAGUGGGAAGGCAGAACCGCAUGUUCUUGGGCGAGUGUUUAUUCAUCCAGAAUCCCCAUCCACCGGCCAGUACUGGAUGCACCAGCCAGUAUCCUUCUACAAACUCAAGCUUACCAAUAAUACCCUGGACCAGGAGGGUCAUAUCAUCUUACAUUCUAUGCACCGUUAUCUGCCACGGCUUCACUUGGUGCCUGCAGACAAAGCCACAGAAGUCAUUCAGCUCAAUGGCCCUGAUGUCCAUACGUUUACUUUUCCACAGACUGAGUUCUUCGCAGUUACAGCCUACCAGAACAUCCAGAUUACCCAGCUGAAAAUAGAUUACAAUCCUUUUGCUAAAGGAUUCAGAGAUGAUGGGUUGAAUAGUCGACCUCAGCGUGAUGUGAAACAAAACCGUAACUCAGGAUUGGAAGGAGGUGAUGUUUUUAGCCCUGCUAGCAUUUGUGGUCACCCUGCUGAGAUUGAUCCGUUAGAUUUACAUCAGAAAAGUUCAGAUUCUUCAUUUGGUGGUCAAAACCCAUCAGAUGCUGAUCUGGACAAAGAGUCUUUUAAUGCAGAAAGGGACUUCCUGGGUUUCCUGGAUGCUGACCUGUCUUCGAGUUGUAUGCCAAAGCUAAAACAAGAAGUCUCUGAAAGUCCCAUUGCUAGCAGUUAUGGGAGCAGUUCCUGUGUGGCAUCUCCACUGGACCCAAAGGGGCACUUUAACAUAGUUGUUAAAGAGGAGCCAGUAGAUGACUAUGACUAUAGUUCGGGUAUUUGCACACAAGGAGUAAGUGUGAAACAGGAAGACACAGAUGAAGAAACAGAUGAGUAUUCCAACGCUGAAGAGGAUGAUCUCAUCCUACAAAAACACUUGAUGAGACGCGGGGAACCAGAUGGAAUCGAUGGAGAACUCGGGUCUAGGAAGCGUGCGUUAACCAGUCCUUCAGGUGUCGCCAAAGCAAAAAUGUUAAAACUGGAGAGUGGGAAGAUGCCUGUGGUCUAUUUGGAACCUUGUGCAGUCACAAAGAGCACAGUGAAGAUAUCUGAGCUGCCGCAGACCAUGCUCUCCUCAGCCAAAAAGGAUAAAUCUCCUUUGAAUGCAGUAGUGGAUUCUGUGCCCAUGUGUUUUGAAAAUGACAAAGACUCUUGCUCAGGUACAGCCACUGUGGCUGAGGAGCUAGUUAUGAAAAAACAAUCUCUGGGGAAUAAAAUGUCACAGAAAUACUCUUCAAUCAGAGAGGCCCAGUGGGCUUUAUCUAAACCACCAAGUUUUAAUUCCAGGGGCUCAGUAAGUUGUCACUUUUCAGCUAAAGAGGUUUCUGGAAGAAAAAGGACUGGCAUAUUGAAAAAUCCUAUGUCCCUGAAAGGCUCUGGUGGCAAUCAGAACACCCUGUCCUCCGUUACAACUAAAAGAGGAAGGCCACGGAAGCUGAAAACUUCCAAAGGUGGUCGACCACCUAAAGGUAUAGGGAAAACUGUAAUAACAAGCAAAAACACUUCUUUGGGGCCUGGGAGCAUCCUUCCAGAUGUUAAGCCAGACCUUGAAGAUGUUGAUGGAGUCCUCUUUGUGUCCUUUGCAUCAAAGGAAGCUCUUGACAUUCAUACUGUUGAUAGAGCUGGAGGAGAAGAAUCACAGAAUCUUCAGGCUCCCUUGUUGACUACAAAUGAUCCAGAUUGUCAAGCAAGAAUACAAAUACUGGAAAAGGAAUUGAUGGAAGAGCUGAAGACCUUGAGGCAUAAGCAAGUAAUACAUCCUAGCCUUCAGGAAGUGGGACUGAAGUUGAAUUCUGUGGACCCAACAAUGAGCAUUGACCUGAAAUAUUUGGGUGUGCAGCUUCCUCUUUCCUACUCAAAUUACUCUUUGUGGAGCUAUCCAGGAGCCAAUCCUAAUUCUCCAGAUGCUGGAUUUCCUUUUGUUUCCAGGACAGGAAAGACAAAUGAUUUCACAAAAAUCAAAGGCUGGCGAGGGAAGCUUCACGGUGCUUCUCGAAAUGAAGGUGGCAGUUCGGAAGGUUCCUUGAAGAAUCGCUCAGCGUUCUGUAGUGACAAGCUGGAUGAGUACCUGGAAAAUGAAGGGAAAUUGAUGGAAACAAGUAUGGAAUUCUCUUCUAGCACUUCCACCUCUCCUGUAGUAUAUCAGCUUCCCACUAAGAGCACUAGCUAUGUACGAACACUCGACAGUGUUUUAAAGAAGCAGUCCACCAUAAUUCCAUCAACAUCUUACACGUUCAAGCCUAUUCCUCUAUCACCUACCUCUAGGAAGACAAAGGCUCAAACCAGACAGACAUCUGCUAACAGCAGAGUAAAAUCAUCUUACAAGCCUAUAUUGCCAUCACCUUACUCUGUAAGACAGAAACAGAACGCUGCAGCAUCAGGGGACAAGGCUGCUAAGUCUGUCUCAAAUAGCAGUUUGAGUAACCAGGGAGAUAAUUCUGUGGUACCAGCUCUGGACGAAAAUGUACUUCCAAAACAGAUUAGUUUGCGCCAAACUCCGCAACAGCAACAGGGAGCUCGCCCACCAGGUCUGUCUAAAUCUCAAGUGAAGUUAAUGGACUUGGAAGACUGUGCCCUCUGGGAUGGCAAACCACGGACCUAUAUUACAGAAGAACGAGCAGACAUCUCUCUGGCAACCCUGCUUACAGCUCAGGCUUCUCUCAAAACCAAACCUAUCCACAAAAUAAUAAAGCGACGAGCACCUCCCUGCAACAGGGAUUUCUGCCGACUGGGAUGCAUCUGUGCCAGUCUAGCACUGGAGAAACGUCAGCCCACCCACUGCCGCAGGCCAGACUGUAUGUUUGGUUGUACGUGCUUUAAGAGAAAAGUGCUGCUGGUGAAGGGAGGAUCAAAACAUAAGAAAAUGAUGAAGAAGGCUGUGCGUGGAAGUCUUGUGGUCUGUGGAACACAGGAAGAACAGCAAGAGGAUGAAAAUAGGGAAGAAGAGGGCGAUGGGGAGGAAGAUGAGCUGAAGCAGAAAGAUAAGAAGAAGAGAAAAAGAGUGGAAUACACUAUCUGUGACUCGGAGCCAGAACAGCCUGUUAGGAAUUGUCCCUUGUGGGUGAAAGUAAAAGGUGAAAUAGACCCGGAGCCAAUUUACAUCCCAACACCAUCUGUUAUGGAACCAGUUAAAUCUGUGGUACCAUCCAACCCAGAAGUCCUGCCUUCUACUAGGCAUAGAUCCUCCAGUGGAGUGAAACCUGGCAGAGUGUAUACUCCAAAACCCAAUCCAGUGAUUCGAGAGGAGGACAAGGAUCCUGUCUACUUGUACUUUGAACGUAUGAUGACUUGUGCAAGGGUCCGACCAAAUGAACACAAGAGAACAGAGAAGAGGCAAGAAAAAGUCAAAGGUGAUUCACAGAGUUCUAGUGUAAAGGAGCAUGAACCAGCACUUCAGCCUCCAGAGAAAGCAACCUGUGGGGCAAAUAAAGACUCAGACAAAGCAAAAGAGAAAAGCUGGUGGUCUUCCCAUAGUGAGGGGGACUCUUCUUCCACCUCCUAUGUUCAUCACACCACUCCAGGUGGACCAACCAAACUUAUCGAGAUUAUCUCUGACUGCAACUUGGAGGAAGAUCACAAUAAGAUCUUGACCAUGUUAUCUCAGCAUAUCGACGGUAAUGCGCCACAGUGCCUCAAAGUGGGUAGCUUCAUUAUUGAAUUGGCUUCAGAACACAAGGCCCAGGAUGAGGACCACCCUCCUGUCUACUCCUCCAGAGUGAAAAUUUCAGUGCCAUCCCACAAGGACAAGGAUGAGAAGCCUGAAGUGCCUGUCUUGGAGACUCCUGGUAGCCAAGUGUCAUCAUGCAAAACCUCAGAAAAUCUAAAGUUCCUGCGGGCAAACACACUGGACAAACUGCAGGAGAAGUUGCAUGGGGGCAAAGGCUUGCCUUUUUAUGCAGGGAUUAUUCCUGCAGGAAAGUUGGUUGUCUACAAACGCACAGCUAAUAUGAGCCACUCAGGCUUGAUUCAGGUUAAUGAUAAAAGGUAUCCUCAGGCCAAACUGCUUUUGGGACAGAUGGGGGCAUUGCAUCCUGCCAAUCGGCUAGCAGCUUAUAUCGCAGGCAGGCUGCGACCCACAGUACUUGAUAUCUCAACCCUCAGUACUAUGAUCACCAAGGUAGCAUCCAAUGGUAAUGCAGCUGCUUCUGGGACACCAUCAGUCCAGGUGCCCACAACAUCAACUCCCAAUACUACAUCUUCCACCAGCACUUCUUCAACCCCCACUGUGACGACUCUGAAAACCCAUGUCCCAGCACAGAGACAGAUAGCUGCCCGACCCUCACCUGGUGGUAUGUUUGCACAGUUUGUUAUGAACAGAGCUGGAGCCCUACGGCAGAUUCCUCUAAUGAGCACACGCCUCCCUUUGUCAGAAUCACAGAAUUUCACUAUCAAGCCUGCACCAGUAAUGGUUGUAGCUCCUGCAGCUCCCUCAAAGCCGUCUCUGACUCAAUGCACAGUGUCUCCUAUGCUCACUACAGCCAUUGCUGCUUCUCCAGUUAUUGUGGAAGGUACCAGUGUGGCAUCUGCUGUGACCACUCCUAGCCAAGCAACAACUAAUCAACCUGCCUGUUCUGCAAUUACACUCACAGCUGCUUCUGCAGCACCUGUACUCGACAUCUGUGCUACUUCUUCAUCCCCCAUUCCUGCUGCCACAGUGAACACAGCAUCAGCAACAGGGCUUGUCUCACCAGUAACAGCCACAUCAUUGCCUAAAACUGUAGUAGCAACACCAACUGUUACUUCUCCUGUUGUCACAACAUCGACUUCUACAGUUGUAUUAACAACAGCUGUGACAGCUACAACAGCUACAUCUGUGGUGACCACACCGGUUUCCUCUCCCAGCUCUGUUCCAGUUACACCACCUAGAGUUAAUUCAAGUCCUUCGUUAACUCCAAAAAGAGAAGAUGCUUCUCCACAAGCUGCAAAUAAGACUCCCCCAAAGCUGUCUCCUGGAACGGAGAAACGUUUGGGACCUCGAUUGUUGCUGAUUCCUGUGCAUCAGACGUCUCCUGCUUUGCGGCUGCUAAACAACACACAGCAGGCUCAGAGGCAGAGGAUGAUCCUUCAGCCCCUCAGGAGCCCUGGUGCUGUUAACCUGUUCAGGCAUCCUAAUGGGCAGAUAAUUCAGCUUGUCCCCCUGCAGCAGUUUCGAGCUGCAGGUGCCCAGCCCAAUGUGCAGCCGAUGAUGCUUCGCAAUCCAGGAUCUGUUGUAGGAAUCAGGCUGCCUACACCUUCUAAACCUCCUGACCCACCUGUGCCUCCUGCUACCUCUUUGUCUUCCACUCCUUCUGCCACAAAUUCAACUGUGCAAGCUGUAGUACCCAAGUUAUCCCCUACAUCUAGCACGGCCACUCAAGCAUCUUCUCUUCUUCCCUCAGUAACAAACUUUGUGUCACAGGCAGGCACUCUGACUCUGAGGAUGUCUCCUCCUGCUGCUAGCAGUGUGACAAAUCAAACAACUUCUGAGUCUAAAAUAACCUGCAGCUCAGGUAGUGUGCCAUCUACCACUGCUAAUCUCAUACCUUUACAAUCCAGUAGUUUUGCUUUACUUCAGCUCCCAGGACAGAAAACUGUGCCAAACUCUAUUCUCAACCAUUUUGCAUCUCUUCAGAUGAAGAAAGAGUACCGGAAAAUAUGUAAGAAAGAUGACUCAGGUGCUGCUCAGCAGAAGGAGAAUGGGAAGGCUUCACACUCAGAUGACACUGAAGUUACAGAGCCUGAGGUUACAGUGUCAGAUAUGAAACAAGAAGAAAAUGAGUUGCCAGUUAGCCAGUCACAUGAUGUUGAAGAGUCCACAUUUGAUACAAUUGCACCUGAUAAAAAUUCCACUGUGUUAGAGAUGGUAGAGAAGGACUCAAUGGUGCCAGAUAGUUCUUGUGAUGAUGGCACUUCUCAGCAUGAUGUUUCUGCAGAUGUUGUAUCAUCUGACCAUUCGUACAUUAGUGAGAAGCCAAAUGAUGAGGAAGAGGCUUCUGAUGAAAAGGAGGAUUCUGUCAGUUCUGAAACUGGAGUGGAGGCUGUUUCAACUAAUUCCGAAACUGUUUGUGAGCCCUCAGAUCAGUCUCUAAUUGCUUCUCUGGAUAAUGCACAUCCACAGAGCCUUGAGAAUCAGGAGACAGCACAGUCGAAGAACCAUGGAAAGGAACAAAUACAUGCUGAUCAGGAAGAGAAACCAGUAAAAGAGGAUGAAGGAGAUGCACAAACACAGAUGGAGAACAACAAAGCAAGUUCUGGGCAGUCAGAGAGUCAAGAACAAGAUACACAGCUGGAGAACAAGACAGAACAGAGAGGGACUGAACUGUCUCAGAACAAACAAGAAUGUCAGUGGGAUGCUGUGCAGCCAGAUGUGGAAAGGCAGGAGGACAACAGCUCUACAGAAGCAGAAAGCAUAGGAGAGAAAAUAGAAAAUAGGAAUGAAAACAGUUCUGCGAGAGGGCAGGAUAAUGCUUCAGGUGUAGAGCAUGCUGUCAAGCUGGAAGUCAGUAACAAUAAAGAACAAGAUACUUUUGAUUGUCAGGAAGGAUUGAAAACAGGUCAUGAUAUUGUAACACAUGUCAACAGUUCUUGGAGCAAAAUAUCCAGCAUUGUACCCGCUUUAGAAAAUAAAAGCGAGGAGGAAAGCAGAGAUGAUACAUCUGAGAAAAGUGACUUCCUGGUAGCAGAACAAAGGGCACAGGAACCCAGGUAUCAUAAAAAGGCUUUUGUACCCAUUAUUGAUGUAACUGCUGAUGACACAGAAGAGGAGGAAGAGGAGGAGGAAGAGGAGGAAGAUGAAGAGGAGGAUGAAAAAACUGAUGAUUCUGCUGAUGAGAUGCUGGAUGGUGGUUCUGACUAUGCAAGUGAAGAGGAAAUAGAUGUGGAAAAAGUGGAUUCGUGUGAAUACAGUGAGGAUGACGAGCAGGUGGACAUUGAGACCGUGGAGGAGUUUUCAGAGAAGAUUAACCUUGCCCGUCUGAAGGCCACAGCUGCUAAAUCCAAGCCUUCCAAACAGAAAUACCAUGCUCGUAAAUCUUCGGAUGAGAAAUUAUCAGAAAAACGUACAAAGCAGAGACGUCAAUUCCAGAACAGGAGGCUGAAGUCUGAAGCAGAAGCCUUUGCUCAUUAUCGCCAGACACACACAGCAAACGAGCGCCGGCGGCGUCAUGAAUUGAGAGAUCUCUUUGAAAAGUUGAAGAAAGCUCUGGGGUUAAACAACCUUCCCAAAGUCUCCAAAUCCUACAUUCUCAAGCAAGCCUAUGAAGAAAUCCAAGGAUUGACUGAUCAGGCAGAUAAACUUAUUGGACAGAAGAACUUGCUGUCACGCAACCAAGAUACUUUGAUUCGAAAAGUGUCCACGCUUUCAGGGAAUACUGAAGAGGUUGUCUUGAAGAAGCUGGAAUAUAUUUAUGCCAAACAAAAAGCAAUAGAGGCACAAAAAAAGAAGAAACAACCUGAGUCAGAGGCACCUGUUGCAACCAAAACUGCUAGCACACAGCAAGAAAGAACACCUGCUCCUCCCAGAGAGCUGACUGAAAUACCUAUGACAAACAGAAGAGGCAAGCCGUUGAUACUCGCCAGGAAAGGAGUCCGUCCCACAGAGGACACCACAUCCUGUCUCACACUGACUGCAGCAAGCCUGGUGAUGACCACACAGGGACAGGUGCUUACACUGAAGAGCCCACUGGUACCAGGGCAGGUGGCAGCUGUUCCUUCCACACUGUUGCAGGCUGAGUUAAACCCUCAGACCAUCAGUACUGCCAUGACAUCACAGCCAGGUAUUGCUUCUGUGAUGAUUCAACUGCCAGGAUCAACAGUUCCUGUCCAAGUAAAAGGAAUCCUUACUAACUCUACCAUUCCUAUUACACUGUCAGCUGUUUCUGGGAACACAGUGCCCUCAACAGUAGCACCAGCUACAGGGCCUGAAUCAGAAAAUGAAGAUUCCUUCAUGAUGCCAAAGAUUGUUAAUGUAACAUCACUGGCUGCUGAGGGGAGCAUGAGUCUAAACUUGAACAGAAAUAAUUCUGAUGCAACAACAGCAGCAGGAGAUCAGGCUUCGGAGAAAUCCUUGUCUGCGUCACCCCUUGAAAGUGAUGACAUCCUUUCGGAAGAAAAAAUCAAAUCGUGUUCUGGAGACAGUGGUGGAGAUGGAAGAAAUUCCACAAGUCCCGCAAAAGCUUCCUUUGAAACUAAAGACAGCUUUCCACAGCUCCGGAACGUGCCGUGUUCAAAGGAACCUCUGGAGCCCUUCAGCAAAAAGCUCAGUGUUGGUGAGUUUGUGGGAAGCCAAGCCAGGAGGAAAGACAGUGACCUGGGAGGGGAGAGGUUGAAAUCAAAAGAGUUGACAUUCCGCAAGCUGCAGAUCAAAGAUUCCAGGAUAGAAAUGGAAUUGAGGAAAGUAGCCUCUGCAAUGGAGGAAGCAGAUCUGGAUGCAAGCGAGUUAUUGAGCAGCAUUGAGGACAGUGAUGACACUGAUGAAACCCUCACUUCCCUGCUCAAUGAGAUUGCCUUCCUCAAUCAGCAGCUGAAUGAUGAUGCACCCUCAGAACUUCCCAGCACUCUAAACUCUGACUUCGCUCAUGAAGAUGCAGAAGGUCAUCGGAGAACAGCUGGGGAUCUUGCUGCUGCAGAUGGGUCUUCCUUCCAGUUUGGCCAUUUGGGAGGCAGUUUUAAGGACCUUUCUGAAGGUCCAGAGAGUGGUGGCUCUAUAAGUCCUCUUCUGCUGCAUCUAGAAGAUUGUGACCUUACUGAUGGAGACAAGAACUCUGGGGAGCCUUCAUCUGAACCAGAUGUUUUAAAGAUAGUAAUAGGUACUGAAAUGAAGGAUCCACUUCCCAAGCUGUCCAGAACUAGUGGUGGGAAUGGCACAACUGCAACAACCUUGGCAGAGACCUCUAAUGUGACUCCACCAGUUUUGCAGAUGAAAACUAAUUCUGAAGCUGGUAGUGCUGACACUUUGUGGAGGCCCAUGCCCAAGCUGGCACCACUUGGCUUAAAAGUGGCAAGUCUGCCAGCAGACUCAGAAGGGCAAAGUAAUAAAGUGAUGCCCUUAUUGGCACCUAUAGUUGCAAAACUGGCACCCAGUGGGGUAAAAACUCCGUUACCUGCAGCUGCCCAGGAGGGGCAGGAUAACAAAGUGAUGCCCACGUUAGCACCUGUGGUUACAAAAAUGAAUGCUGCUGGGACCUUGCCUUCAAAUUCAUCAGGCAAAUAAAUGCAUCUAUUUUUAAUUGGAGAUCUGGAGCAGUGUGAACCAGUGGUGGUGUUCAGCAACCCCCCAUGUUCUGCAUGGCAUCAGCACUCUGCUCAUCUGAGGGCAGGCCCCAAACUGAGAAAUAAGUGCUAUGAAACUUUAAGCACACUGACUUACUUUUACCUCACUGUUGUGUUCUGAGUGUCCUCCUCCCCUUUCAACAAAACAAGGAAGAUGGUCUAUAACCAUUGCUGUGCACAUGGUAUCCUUCCCAAACUGGGUCCUUCACAGAAAUACUUUGUCAAGGGACAAACCUGGGCUAGUGAAACAGAUUGCCUUUUUAUGUUUUGUUUUGGUUUUUUCCCCAGCAGGAAGGCAGCCAUCUUGUUGGGGAAAAAAAUCUGGAUUACCUGUUUUUGUAUCAGGAGAAUUAUCUAUGCAGAAAUGGGCUUGUUGACAUUUGCUGUUGUUUUUGGUUUGGUUUGGUUUGGUUUUAAUGUUUGCAGAAUAGAGUGAAUGUGCAGAAAGGGAGAUUGAGGCUACUCUCAAACCAGUCACCCAGAGCAGCAGAAGGGGGGGAAUCCAUGACUGUGCAGAGGGCUGAAGUGAAAAUUUGUUGUUUUUUGGUGCUAGAUGGUUCUCUGGCAGAAACUCUUUUUUAGAGGCUCCUGCACAGAAGAUUUUAAUAAACAUCUGUAACUCUCACUACAUGGGGAAGAAAAUGCUGUUUCCCAGUGUAAUUAGAAGUAGGACAGUAUGUUAACUUCAAUAAAACUACUAAACCCCCUCUCACUUUUUCCCCUAUACAAAUUCUCUUUCCUUCCGUGCUUAGGGCAUGUGGAAGGAAAAACUGCAGAGAGUAGGAAGCAUCCCACCACUUGCUGUCAUUUCCUUUCCUCCUGUCGUUGUGGCGGCCAGGAGUGGCAGCAGGAAGCGUGGCUUCAGAGAAACACGGAAGGCUCUCAGGGCUGGUGCAGCCGAGCGUAGAGGAGCGAGGUGUACAUGUGAAUGUAUA